AGGUUAACUCCUUUCACCUAUGGACUCCUAGUUGUUUCUGUUCCUAAGGACCUGAAGAAUUCCUGUGCUUCUAUAACUUUAAUUUAAUACUUCUGGAUAAUUGCAUCGCUGCUGAGUGCCAGAGUUGGACAUCAACAUCUGGAGGAAUUGAAAAAGCAUGCAAGACAACAGUUUAGAAUCUUCCACUUCAAUAUCUCAACUUCUGAGAGAGAGUUAUUUAGCUGAAACCAGACAUCCAGGGAACAGUGAAAGAAGUAGAUCAGAAGCAUCUCCCCAUACUUUCCAUUAUGGCAGUACUUCUGGGGCUUCAGAGGAAGUAGCUGGCCAAGAUGACCUUCCAGAUCUCUCUGCCUUUUUGAGCCAAGAAGAAUUAGAUGAAAGUGUAAAUCUGGCAAGACAAGCAAUUGAUCAAGAUCCACUUGAAAAACAGGAUGAGCAACAGACACAUGUACAUUAUAGCUCUGAUCAAGUGAAAAACUGCGGAAAAACAGUUUCAAACAAACAAGUGGCCCAGUCCACAGUUUUGCCAACUUCAGACAAUAGUCUCCACUCAAACUUUUGCCUGGAUCAUGUCACAGAAACAAAAGGUUCCAAAGAGAGCACUCAGGAUCUAAAGAAACAACAGUUUGGUUCUGAAGCAGAAUCCAAAAAGGAAUUCCUAAACAAGGCAGCAGAUUUUAUUGAGGAGCUUUCUUCACUUUUCAAAGCACAUAAUUCUAAAAGAAUAAGACCUAAAACAUGCAAAAACUACAGGAGCAAACUUGAAUCUAAAAAUAAGGCUGCUCAAGAAGGUAGCCCUAGUUUCCCAAAGCUGUCAGAAAAGAGAGAACGACCUUCUAUUCCAGUACCUCAAGACUUGGAUAAUAAAGCGGAGCAUAUACUUGAAAAAACAAAUGAUCUACAGGAGGCAAACUUGGAAGCUAUAAAUCAAUUAGAAAGUACAGAAUUAACAACAGAGACAGCACCCACAUCUUUAUAUUUUGAGGAGCCUAUCGGACAGCCACCACGCUUUACACAAAAACUGAAAAGCAGAGAAGUUCCUGAAGGAACCAAAGUGCAGUUGGACUGCAUUGUGGUAGGAAUUCCAGCACCUGAAGUCAGGUGGUACUGUGAAGGAAAGGAGCUUGAAAACUCACCAGACAUUCAUAUUAUCCAGUCAGGAGAUCUGCACUCCUUGAUUAUAGUUGAAGCUUUUGAAGAAGACACCGGACGUUAUUCUUGCUUUGCUUCAAACAUCUAUGGGACAGACUCAACUUCUGCAGAGAUAUACAUAGAAGGUGCCUCCUCUUCUGAAUCUGAAGGUGAAAUUAGCACAGAAGAAAUGGAUCAAGUCCAAAAACCAACUGACGUCUCUUUGAAUGCACCAUCUCCUGCUACUAACACUACAACCACUCAUCAAGAGACACCAAAGGUGCCAUCUACUGUGGGUCAGCCAGUUUAUCAGAGUCAAAGCCCCACUAAUUAUUUGCAAGGAUUGGAUGGAAGACCCUUAAUAGCUGCUCCUGUGUUUACAAAGAUGCUACAGGAUAUUUCAGCUUCUGAGGGUCAGCUGGUUGUCUUUGAGUGCAGGGUGAAAGGAGCUCCUUCUCCAAAGGUUGAAUGGUACAGAGAAGGGACAUUAAUACAAGAUUCUCCAGAUUUUAGAAUAUUACAAAAAAAACCUCGAUCUAUGACUGAGCCAGAGGAGAUCUGCACUUUGGUAAUUGCUGAGGUGUUUUCAGAAGACUCUGGGAGUUUCACAUGUACUGCAAGCAAUAAAUAUGGCACUGUCUCUAGCAUCGCUUGUCUAACUGUUAAAGGGCCUGAGGACCAUAGCAAUACUGCUGCCCUUCAUACAAUGAGCUCAAUCAACUUAAUUGCUGCUGAACAACAUCCUACCCCACUCAUCCCUUCACUUCCAGUGGUGGAUCAGCCCCCAAAACCUAAAUUAGAAGGGGUCCUUGUGAACCACAAUGAACCCAGGUCAAGUUCUAAGAUAGGCCUCCGGGUGCACUUUAAACUGCCUGAAGAUGAUAAAGGAAGUGAAACAUCAUCAGAAGAUGGAGUAUCUGCAAACCAGGUUAGACCACACUACUUCCAGGAGAGGAUUAAUGGACAGACAAUGAAAAUACCAGAGCCAACUUCACCUACAAAAGAGCCCCCUCCAGUACUGGCCAAACCAAAACUAGAUCCCACCCAGUUACAACAGCUCCACAACCAGGUCUUGCUUGAACAGCAGCAUCUACAGCAGCCAUCUCCCCCAUCUCCAAGAGAACUGCCAUUCAACACAGGUAUAUUGAACUCCGCUACUUCAUUCAACCAGCAGUCUACAUCAACUAUAUACAAGCAGGCCAAAGUCUCUCCUUCACAGACAUUCAGCUAUACCCGACCGAAACAGUUCCUUGUGUCCCAGAACACCACACCACCUAUCAACUCCCCUUCCAGCUCCCCAGUGCCUACAUUCAGCAGCGUGUCUCAAGGAACCCAAAGAACAAUGAACAAGGAAAAUUUCGUAGGAUCUCCUCCACCAAUCCAGACAAGGUCUCCGGGAGGGUUUACAAGCCAAAGUGAGCAGCCUCUAGCAAGUCCCAAAGAAUCAGUGUUGCCUCCACUAUUGCUUUCUAUAUCUAGCCUGAACCAAUUUCAGCCCCACAGCGUACUUCCUACUCCUGUCUCUCCAAUCAGCCGGAUUCAGAACCCAGUAGCCUUUCUCAGUUCUGUUCUUCCUUCACUUCCUUCUAUACCACCAACCAAUGCUAUGGGUCUGCCUAGAAGCGCACCAGCUGCAGCAUCCCAUGGACUAAUGAAGAAAAAUCUAAAGCCCCUGCAAUUAGCAACGGAUGAUUAUAUUCACAACAAUAAAGUUGCAGUUGUAAGGGACCUGCAGAGAAAAAUGCAUUUCAAAGAGGAUGUCCGUCGACAUAGUAGUCAGCAGAGAACAACAUAUGAUGAAAAACUGACCCACAGACUUCAGGGACCAAGCAAUGAUUCCCCAGUCUUCAACUAUACAACUCAAGAUGUAUCCAAGGAAUACAAGAUUUCAAGCUUUGAACAGAGGUUGAUGAAUGAAAUAGAGUUUCGCCUGGAACGCACCCCAGUGGAUGAAUCAGAUGAUGAAAUCCAACAUGAUGAAAUACCUACAGGCAAGUGCAUAGCACCCAUCUUUGACAAGAGACUCAAGCAUUUUCGGGUCAUGGAAGGAUCUCCUGUUACAUUCACCUGCAAAAUUGUUGGAAUACCCAUACCCAAAGUAUAUUGGUUCAAGGAUGGCAAGCAGAUUUCAAAGAAAAAUGAACAUUGCAAAAUGAAGAGAGAGGGAGAUGGAACAUGUUCUCUACACAUUGAAGCUACUACUAAUGAUGAUGAUGGAAACUAUACAAUAAUGGCUGCAAAUCCUCAAGGGAGAAUCAGUUGUUCUGGCCACUUGAUGGUUCAGACUGUUCCCAUGCGUGGCCGAUUAACAACUACUCAGUCGCACAGAGCAAGGUCCCGUGUGCAAGAAGGAGAUAAAGAACCACUACAAGAACGUUUUUUCCGGCCAUAUUUUCUGCAGGCACCUGGAGACAUGGUAGCUCAUGAGGGGCGACUUUGUAGACUGGACUGUAAGGUGAGUGGGUUACCAACUCCAGACCUGAUGUGGCUUCUGAAUGGCAAACCUGUAUUACCAGAUAGCACUCACAAGAUGUUGGUCAGAGAGACCGGUGUUCACUCUUUGCUUAUUGAUCCUCUCACACAAAAUGAUGCUGGAACUUAUACUUGCAUUGCAACCAACAAAACAGGACAAAAUUCAUUUAGCCUGGAGCUCAGUGUUGUAGCAAAGGAAGUCAAAAAAGCCCCAGCAUUCCUGGAGAAGUUACAGAAUUGUGGCGUGCCUGAAGGGCACCCAGUCAGAUUAGAAGGCAGAGUGAUUGGAAUGCCACCACCAAUAUUCUACUGGAAGAAAGACAAUGAAACCAUCCCUGCAAACAGAGAAAGGAUGAGCAUGCAUCAAGACACAACAGGAUACGUAUGCCUUUUGAUUCAACCUGCCAAGAAAGUAGAUGCUGGUUGGUACACUCUGUCCGCGAAAAAUGAAGCUGGUAUUGUUUCAUGCACUGCUAGACUUGAUAUAUAUGCCCAAUGGCACCAACAGAUUCCACUACCAAUAAAGUUUCGACCUAGUGGUGGCCGGUAUGCAAACCUCACUGGUCAAGGACUCGACAUUUUUUCUGCCUUUUCAGCUGUUGAAAGUCCAAAGUUGUUUUCAUCCUCAUCCCAGAGCGUGGUGGAAAGUGAAGAACUUUAAAAACCUACAGUUCCAAUUAUACCUGCAGAAAUAUUAGAACUAUGGGGGG